AUGACUAUAUUGUUAACAGGAAAAGUAGAUAAUUAUAAAGUUGUUAAUGAUACAGGUAUCACACACGCCGCUGUUUGGGCCGCUUGUUGUUCCUACAUCACUCAAGCCACCCCGUCCAAAUUGAGAUCCUCUGCCCAAGGAGUUCUACAGGGUAUACAUCAUGGACUUGGAAAAGGGUGUGGAGCUAUCAUCGGCGGUCUUUUCGUUAAUAGUUUUGGAACACGCGUGACGUUUCGUGGAUACGGAUUCGCAUGUCUUAUCGUAUUAUUUCUCUUUAUUUUAAUUAAUUAUUACCGGCGCGAUAAGGGUUUUACUUCGUUUCAAGACGAGCACGAACCAGAUACCAUCCUAGAGGAAACUAGUCAUCUGGCUCCUCAUGGUGUACCCGCUAAUCCAAUGGCAAAAUCAUUAUCCAGGCAGAAUAUGCAGGAAAAAAGCCAGGAUAUUUAUGAAUAUCAGAGCACAGGAAAUAGUCUCUCAGUACCUGGAGGUAAUACUCUUUUAACCUUUUAGUGAAACUAAUUGAUUUUUAAUUAUAAAUACUAAAGUAUCUUGCAAGUUUCCUUUUUCUUCUUCUUUUUAUAACGUAGCACUUAACAUUAAA